GGUAAUGCACUGCAAUUAAUUACUAUUUAACAGAUUCCAAUAAUGAAAGAAAGUGUGAUGACACAUAAAAUUCACAUUUUUCCUUUCCGAAUACUUAGGUGAAGUGUCUGGUGUGUUCCAAGGUGCUUAGUUAUAAUAAUAACACCUCAACAAUGCUAAGGCACUAUAGGGUCUUGCAUGGGAACGAGGAGACCAACCAGGUUGAACCCGGCUCAGCUGAGAAGGUUGACUUGGCUGAGCUGUUGGUUGAUAUGGUAAUUGAGGAUUCUCAGCCGUUUUCCUUGGUGGACGGCAGUGGAUUCAAAGAGCUUAUGAAAGCUUUAGCUCCUUCCUACGUUCUACCUACACGGCAGACUUUGAAAGCCAUGGUGGAAAAAAGGUACAAGGAAACCAAAGAUAAAACAAAAGCCAUUGUGGCUAAAGCAUCUGCAUGUAGUUUGACAUCAGAUAUGUGGACGUCCAUCAAUACUGAUGCCUAUCUAGCUGUGACACGCCAUUUCAUUGAUGAAACCACAUCCCUCCAAUCAGUUGUACUGGGGGUGCAACAUUUCCCUGAGCCACACACUGCAGCAAACAUGGCUUUUAUGAAAACCUCGCUAAUGUCAGAGUGGGGUAUCAGUGAAAAAGUGACAUGUCUAGUGACUGAUGGAGCAGCAAAUAUGGGAGCUUGUGCCAGAGAGCUUCAUAUGGGUUACACUAUUUGUGUGGCACAUACGCUAAAUCUUUUGGUGAAAAAAGCUCUUGACCAAUGUCCUGAAUUGUUCCACAUCUGGGCAAACUGUCGAAAGAUAGUUGGUUAUUUUAAGAGCAGCACUACAGCAAAGGAGAGACUAACUCAGAUGCAAGUUCAAAUGGGCCUUCCGGUGCUUAAACUUCUUCAGGAGGUUGAAACAAGGUGGAACAGCACUUAUCUCAUGCUUCAGCGUAUCUACACUUUGAGAGAGCCUGUCGGAGCAGCUUUGGCUGGUCUACGCACUGAUCUGACACCAUUGUCUGCUGAACAGUACAGAAUUAUUGCUGACUGUUUGACAGUAUUGGAGCCAUUUAACUAUGCCACAAUUGAGCUGUCUGAGGAGAAGAAAGUUUCGGGGUCAAAGGUAAUUCCGCUGUUGUCCAUGUUGCAUCACUCCCUGGAGGAAGAAGAGAUUCGACAGCUUCAAACUCCAGAGAGCACAUCCAUGGUUGAGUUUCUGCAAAGACAACUAAGAGAGAAGCUGAACCAACUCCAGUCUAUGAGCAUUAUGUUUCUGGCUACUCUGCUUGACCCAAGGUUUAAAAAAGUAGGCUUCUUCAGUCCCAGUAAAGCAGCAGAGGCAGAAAAAAGGCUCACGAUGGAAUGCGCAGCUAUCAUGAGCCGCACAGCCUCAUCUACUUCAUCAUCAUUAUCAUCAUCGUCGUCGUCAUCAUCAGAACCUUCCCAGUCUGUUGGAGGAAGCAAACUGUGGCAUCAUUUUGAUGCCUCAGUCCAUCAAGCAAGAACCACAAAUGUCACGGCAAAUGCAACAGUUGAGGUGCAAAAGUAUCUGGGAGCACCAAACAUCCCCAGAGUUGAAAGUCCCCUUCAGUACUGGGAAUCACAGAAAUAUACACUUCCAACUUUAUACAAACUUGCUGUAUCCUAUCUAUGCACCCCUGCUUCAUCAGUGCCAUGUGAAAGAGUUUUUUCAAAAGCAGGUGAAAUUCUCUGCAAAAAAAGAAACCGCCUGAGUCCAAAAACUUUGGAAAAAAUAUUGUUUCUAAAUAAAAAUGAGUAAGCACAUUUUGCCUCAUUUCACAUUUUCACUUGUUUCAUAUGCACAUAGACAAAGUAACACACAAUAAUUCAUGUUAAACUUAAAAUAUGUAUUUUCUUUGUAAUCAGAGCAUGAUUCAUGCACCAAGCAUGUUAUACAUUUUUCUGUCCACACGAUGGCGUAGUCGAGGUAAUCAAUCCUUUUGAAGCCCCUAGGUGUGUGUGACGCA